AUGAGGACGUAUGCAAGGAAGCGUCCUAGCAACCAGCUAAUUGAAGAUGUACAUGAACUAUGCCGCCUGUGUCUGAACAAAGCCAUGGAGGCCAUGCCUAUCUUCACAAAUGAUUCAGACACUGUCUGUGCAACAUUAGCAAUCAGAAUCAUGAUUUGUGUGGGUUUGGAGGUGACAAGAGAAGAAUGUUUACCUAACAUAGUGUGUAUAGACUGCUAUAAUGAAUUAAACAAAUAUUACACGUUUAGGAAGAAGUGUGAAGCUACAUAUCAAAAACUUAAGUCUCAUGUUCUAGCAGUGAAAGAGAAACAGUACAAGCAGAAGAUUUUAAUGGAUGUUGAAAAAAAGAAGAUGUUGGAAGCAGAAAAUAAAGAACAACUGAAGUUUGUUGUAACAUUUGACAAGGAACAAUAUGAUGAAGUCCAUGAAGUGUUAAACUUAAACGGUGUGGCGCAAGUUAAUAACUUUGUAGAUAAAUUACCUGAAUUAGAUAAGGUUGAUAGUACAGAAGAAGAUAAUAAAGAAAAAGAAACACUUGAUCCAAUUAAUGAAGAACAACAAUCAGAAGACUUAGAAUCAUCGAAGCCUGACAUAAAUACAUUCUUGUCAACAAUGUUAUUAGAACUGGGUAUACUGACGCAACAAGAGAAUGUUCUGGAGUUGACCAAUCAGAAUAUCAAGUCUUUGGAGCUGGAGACCGGAGACGGGAGUCAGAUUACACUGGAAUUGAUGGAGGAAGAUGAUCUUGAGGAACAGGAACAGCCACAAGAACCGAUAGACACAAAUGAGGCGCCAAGCACAAUAAAAGAAGAAAAUGUUAUCAAACAAGAAGAUAUUGUAACAAAGUAUAUUGUAACUAAUACUGUUACCAAGAAAGAUGUAAAGGGUGACAAGAAGAAUAAACUGAUUAACACUGGGUCAUGGUGCGAGGAAUGUGGCAAACGCCUCGCCUCUAAGAGUGCACUCACUCGUCACAUGCGUAUCCAUUCAGGGGAGAAACCCUUCACUUGUGAUAUGUGUGGCCGACGCUUCGCGCAGAGAGAGGUCAUGCUACGACAUCUACUGGUCCAUGAAGAGCGGCGCCCAUACGCGUGUCCAUCGUGCGACAAGAGCUUCACGCAGCGCGGCGCUCUGGAGGCGCACGCGCGCGCGCACGCCCCGCCCUCCGCCCGCCCGCUGGCGCUGCAUCGAUGCGACAGAUGCCCCAAGGUCUUCCUACACUCCUCCGGCCUGAGCCGGCACAUGAUGAUGCACAACGGGCGCGUGUACGAGUGCGGCGCGUGCGCGCGCGAGUUCAAGGACAAGAGCUCCCUGCUGCGCCACCUGCGCAACGCCAACCACGCGGCCCGACCUGCGCCCGCCAACCACGCGGCGCGCCCCGCGCCCGCCACUUGA